GUCAAAGUCAUGGUGCGCAUUUCUUCCACGCUUGCCAGAGACACGUCUGAGUCCAGCUCUUUCUUAAAAGUUGACCCCCGUAAGAAGCAAAUCACGCUGUAUGACCCGUUGGCCUGUGGAGGUCAGAAUGUUUUCCAGAAAAGGGGCAACCAGGUUCCACCCAAGAUGUUUGCUUUUGAUGCAGUUUUCCCCCAAGAUGCAUCACAGGCUGAAGUAUGUGCUGGGACUGUGGCUGAGGUGAUCCAGUCUGUGGUCAAUGGGGCAGAUGGCUGCGUGUUCUGCUUUGGCCAUGCCAAGCUUGGGAAGUCAUACACCAUGAUCGGGAAGGAUGAUUCCAUGCAAAACCUUGGCAUAAUCCCUUGUGCCAUCUCCUGGCUCUUCAAGUUGAUUAAUGAACGCAAAGAGAAGACAGGAGCCCGCUUCUCGGUCCGAAUUUCUGCAGUGGAGGUGUGGGGGAAAGAAGAAAACCUGAGAGACCUGUUGUCAGAAGUAGCUACAGGCAGCCUGCAAGAUGGCCAGUCCCCAGGUGUCUACCUUUGCGAGGACCCCAUUUGUGGCAUGCAGCUUCAGAAUCAGAGCGAGCUCCGUGCCCCUACGGCAGAGAAGGCUGCCUUCUUCCUCGACGCCGCCAUCGCCUCGCGUCGCAGCAGCCAGCGGGACUGCGACGAGGAGGAUCACCGCAACUCCCACAUGCUCUUCACUCUGCACAUCUACCAGUACCGCAUGGAGAAGAGCGGCAAAGGCGGAAUGUCUGGAGGUCGCAGCCGCUUGCACCUUAUUGACCUGGGUAGCUGCGUGAAAGUGCUCAGUAAAAACCGGGAGGGAAGCUCUGGCCUCUGUCUCUCAUUGUCAGCACUGGGCAACGUCAUCCUCGCCCUGGUCAAUGGAAGUAAACACAUCCCGUACAAAGACAGCAAGCUCACCAUGUUGCUUCGAGAGUCCUUGGGGAAUAUGAACUGCCGCACCACAAUGAUAGCUCACAUUUCAGCCGCUGCGGGGAACUACGCUGAGACGCUGUCCACCAUCCAGAUUGCAUCACGGGUUCUCAGGAUGAAGAAAAAGAAAACUAAGUACACAUCAAGUUCUUCUGGAGGAGAGAGCUCUUGUGAGGAGGGCAGGAUGCGGAGGCCAACUCAGCUGAGGCCUUUCCAUUCUAGAAAUACUGUUGACCCAGACUUCCCUAUUUUGCAUUUGUCAAGUGAUCCUGAUUAUUCAUCCAGCAGUGAGCAGUCGUGUGACACGGUGAUUUACGUUGGCCCCAAUGGCACUGCCCUUUCUGAUAAGGAACUGACAGAUAAUGAGGGUCCCCCUGACUUUGUUCCCAUAGUUCCUGCUCUGCAAAAGACCAAAAACGAGGGCAGGUUGGAGGAAGUUAGUGAAUCAGGGCCGAGCACAUCUGAAAGAGACUGCCUGAAGUGCAACACCUUUGCAGAGCUCCAGGAGAGGCUGGAUUGCAUAGAUGGCAGUGAAGAGACCGACAAAUUUCCCUUUGAAGAGAUGCCUGCUCAAUUUAGCUCAGACCAGAUGUCUAAGUGCUCUGUCUCAAGCCAGCUGGCAGAGCUUAGCCACUUACCAGAGUCAGAUAAGGAAGACACAGUGCCAGAAUGUCAGCAUCCUGAUAGAGAAGCCAAGGAAAAUAUAAAUGCAACACCCAGCAAAACUAAGAGAAAUCACUCCCCUGUUCCUUCUGGAGCUCUUACUAAUGUUUCAACUCCUUCUUCUCCCAGGAGUGUAACAGGCAGCUCUAGUAAAGAGCUUAGCUCUUGUCAGUUAGCACACAGCACCAGCUUGCAGAGCAGCAGAGAAAGUCUCAACAGCUGUGGAUUUGUGGAAGGCAAACCUCGGCCAAUGGGUUCGCCCCGGCUUGGCAUUGCAAGCCUCUCGAAGACAUCUGAGUACAAGCCACCAACUUCUCCUUCCCAGAGGUGCAAGGUCUAUACACAGAAAGGAGUCCUGCCCGGCUCCGCUCCCCCACCAGCUCCCCUGAGUAAGGAUACUGGGAUGAUGUCUAGUGAAUCUUUAUUGCAGCCAGAAAUCCGGACCCCACCUGUAGGCAUGAGUCCUCAGAUCAUGAAGAAGACUGUGUCCUCCAGCAAUGAGGAUUUGGAAGAGACCAUUCUCCAUGAAGAUCGGCAACAAAGCAUUUCUCCAGAACCCAAGAAGGAGAUUCUGAGCACCACCAUGGUGACUGUGCAGCAGCCAUUAGAGCUGAAUGGAGAAGAUGAGCUGGUGUUCACCCUUGUAGAAGAGCUAACCAUUAGUGGUGUCCUUGACAACGGACGUCCAACCAGUAUCAUCAGUUUUAACAGUGACUGCUCUGUGCAGGCUUUGGCUUCUGGGUCUAGGCCAGUCAGUAUUAUCAGCAGCAUAUCUGAAGACCUUGAAUGUUAUUCCAGUGCAGCUCCUGUGUCUGAAGUCAGCAUCACACAGUUCCUUCCACUUCCAAAGCUAGGCCUGGAUGACAAAUCCCAGGAUGAUGGCAGCAGGCGCUCAUCUAUCAGCUCAUGGUUGAGUGAAAUGAGCACAGGGAGUGAUGGUGAACAAUCGUGCCACAGCUUCAUAGCCCAGGCAUGCUAUGGGCAUGGGGAAGCAAUGGCAGAACCCCCUGUCUCUGAGUUUGCAAGCACCAUACAAAGUGCCAGCAUGAUUUGUGUAAGUGACAAACAGAAACCAGGGACUGACAACAUGCUUAUACUGUCAGAAAUGGGGGAGGAAGCUUUCGGCAAAGCGCCACCCAUCAAAGGCUGUAAAAUAGCAGCUCUAGGGAAAACUACUGUCACAAUCAAAAACACUGCAAGCCUCAGCAGCUGUGAAGGCUACAUCCCAAUGAAGACAAACAUUACUGUAUAUCCAUGCAUUGCUGUUAAUCCCUUCAAAGCACAAGACACUGAUGAUGCUGUACCGGCAGUAACUGCAGACCCGAAGGUUGCCCAUCCCCAUGAUGGGAAAGAAUCCAGUGCUAAGAAGGAUAUCAAAUUUGAAGACCCUUGGCUGAAGAGAGAAGAAGAUGUAAAAAAGGACAGCUCUGGGAGCAGUGAUGGGCCAAGGCCUGACACGGCCACAGUUUCAGCCAAGCCUGAGCACAGCACAAAGCAGGCUUCAGCAGACAGGUUUAGCAGCAGCAGCGGGGAUGCCUCUAUCUCCCCAGGAUCUGACAGUCUAAAGAGGAUUGUGGAUGGGUGUGAGGUGGCAGUGUCUGGCUCUGCAACCCAAAGCCCUGUUCAUUCCAGUGAUGGCUUGAAGAACGGCAGCCUCCCUCGCGGGCUCCCGAAGGCAAGCAAGCUGGAGGAGCCUGACAGUCACCUCCAUCCUACUGCCACUGACACCAGCGGAGUCAGCUCUCCUGCCCUCCCACAGUUUUCUAAGACUAGCCUUGACAAGAAAAUGGCUUCUCCCAAACACUGUGUCCUCACUCGUCCCAAAGGGACCCCUCCUCUGCCACCGGUGAGAAAGUCAAGCUUGGAUCAGAAGAACAGAGCCAGCCCCCAGCACAGUGCAGCCAGCAGCACCACGAGCAGUCCCUCCAGCCAGCCCGGGUCCUUCCUGGCCAGCUUCCCCGAGGAGCUGAAUGCCAAACAGAAGGGCCCUGGCAUCGACAGCAGUGGCAACAACAGCAGCAGCAAGCUCUUCAGUGCCAAACUGGAGCAGCUCGCCAGCAGGACCAACUCCCUCGGGAGGUCCACAGGAAGCCACUAUGAGUGUUUGUCGCUGGAAAGAGCGGAAAGCUUGUCCUCUGUGAGUUCCAAAAUGAGCCCUGGCAAAGACACCACCAUGCCUAGGGCCGGAAGGAGCCUCAGCCGCAGCGUCAUGUCCUCACCUACCAACUCAGGCCUCUCCCAGUCAGCAGGUGCCUCCCCGAAAGCCAGCCAGUCGAAGAUCUCUGCGGUCAGCAAGCUCCUGCUGGCGAGUCCCAAGGCCCGCAGCCUGUCUGCCUCUGCCACCAAAACGCUCAGCUUCUCCACCAAGUCUCUGCCCCAGUCCAUUGGGCAGAGCUCCAGUUUGCCUCCGAGUGGGAAGAACAUGUCCUGGUCAACCCAGUCCCUCAGCAGAACCCGGGGCUCCAGCCUUGCUUCCAAAUUGCCCCUUCGGGCUGUCAACGGUCGGAUUUCAGAGCUGCUCCAAGGGAGCGCCAGUGCCAGAGGCUUACAGCCGCGGGGAAGCUCAGAGGCAGAUGAGCGCGGGGGCCUUCCGGGAGAUGAGAAGCCAGCUGUUCACAUGCUGCCUUCACCUUACAGCAAGAUCACCCCUCCUCGGAAACCUCACCGCUGCAGCAGUGGUCACGGAAGCGACAACAGCAGUGUCCUGAGUGGGGAGCUGCCCCCUGCCAUGGGGAAAACAGCCCUCUUCUACCACAGUGGGGGGAGCAGCGGCUAUGAGAGCAUGAUGAGGGACAGCGAGGCGACGGGGAGUGCCUCUUCAGCACAAGACUCCAUGAGUGAGAACAGCAGCUCUGCGAGCGGCAGGUGCCGAAGUCUCAAAAAUCCAAAGAAACGAUCAAAUGCAG